AUGUUGUUAAACGGUAAACAAGUUUUCGUAGGACCUUUUGUAAAGAAGAGCGAACGAUUGAAGAUUUUGAGUAAUGAAGAUUCAUUCACAAACAUCUACGUGAAGAACUUGGAUCCAAGCGUUGACGACAAAGAAUUGAGAGAAAUGUUCUCAAAGUUUGGUGAGAUUCAAAGUGCUGUUGUUAUGAGAGGAGAAGAUCUCAAAUCAAAGGAAUUCGGUUUUAUCAACUUUGCAGACCAUGCUUCUGCACUUUUGGCAAUCGAUGAUAUGCACGAAAAGGAGUAUAAGGGAAAAAAGUUGUUCGUCGGAAGAGCUCAAAAGAAGAGCGAAAGAAGAGCCAAGUUGAAGGAAUAUUUCCAAAAGUUGAAGCAAGAAAAGGUUAACAAAUACAAGGGAUUGAAUCUCUAUGUCAAAAUUUGGAUGAUUCCGUUGAUGACGAGAGAUUGA